CGAAGAUGCUCCACCGGUCAUCAUUCGUUAUUGAACAUCUGUACCGAUAACAUCUCCAAGAAUUGAGUAGUAUAAAUAUAUUUCAAAGUGAUCUGCGUACAGUGAAAAAGGUUUAUUUAUUAAUAUAGAUAGAAGCUAGAUAACCAACCACCGAAAAUGAAGAUUCUUCUAGUGUGUACGAUCUUGCUGGCAGUGGUUUUUGCGGAACCUCCAGUAGAUAACAGAUACCUCCCUCCACAACAGGGCGCUGGUCCCCCUUCACAGUCGUAUGGACCACCAAACGCAUUUGGUCCACAGAGACAGACUGAUGCUGUUUUCAGAGGACGCCCAUCGUCAAACUACGGAGCUCCAUCAUCAAACCGCGCGACAUCCCGUCGUCCUUCCAACCAAUACGGUCCACCUUCUCGAUCUCCUUCUAACCAAUAUAUUCCUCCUUCAAACCAAUAUGGUGCCCCUUCGCGAACCAGUCCUUCUAGCCAGUACAAUGCUCCUUCCUUCCAGGGCAAUCAACCUACAAACCAGUAUCUACCUCCUGGAAAUGCCCCAACAUCACCAUUCCAGAAUCAACCUUCGAGGCAGUAUGGAGCCCCAUCGUCAAGGACAAGUCCUUCAAGCCAGUACGGGGCUCCCUCGUCCCAAGCUAGCCAACCUUCCAGUCAAUAUGGAGCCCCUUCGUUCCAAGGUAGCCAACCUUCCAGCCAAUACGGAGCCCCUUCGUUCCAAGCUAGCCAACCUUCCAGCCAAUACGGAGCCCCUUCGUUCCAAGCUAGCCAACCUUCCAGCCAAUACGGUGCUCCGCAAUUCGGGUCACAGAACCAGGGCGGUUUCGGAAGGCAGGCAUCCAGACCCGGUGCACAAUAUGGAGCACCUUCAGCGCCUUCGCAGCAGUAUGGAGCUCCCGGCGGUGGGAAUUUUGGAGGUAACCAGCAAUUUGGUGGAGCACAAAGUCGCCAGUACCUCCCACCGGGUGCCGGCAACAACGGGUAUGGCGCUGGUGGUAACGGUUACGGCGAUGAUGAAGGCAGCAACGAGCCAGCUAACUACGAAUUCGAAUACAUGGUGAAGGAUGAGGAGUCAGGCAACGACUUUGGUCACCGCGAGUCCAGACAAGGCGACCGUGCUGAAGGAUUGUACUACGUGCUCUUGCCUGAUGGGAGGAAGCAGACAGUAGAAUACGAAGCGGACCAGGAAGGUUACAGACCAAAGAUCUCAUACGAAGACACCGGACUUGGCGGAGGAUACGACAGGAACAGCCAAGGCAGCCAAAACGGCUAUGCGGGCGGACAAGGCGGCUACGCGGGCGGCCAAGGCGGCUAUGAGGGCGGCCAAAACGGCUAUGCGGCCGGCCAAGGCGGUCAAGAAGGAUACUAAAACGAACCUAGCUAUAGCACUACAAUCAGAAGAGUAAGCCUUGGAAAGUGGUUAUUUUGAGGAAUAGGAACCCAUUUUGAAAAUAGACAAGUGUCAAGUCAGUCAAGUGAGUGUUCGGUAAGUAAUUUUGAAAAGUGAUCAUUUUGGAGUGCUAAUUUGGAAAACUAAUUAAGUUGGAAGUGGAAAAGGAAGUGAUUUUGAGUUCGUAUGAUAAUAGAUAGAAUUUUUCAAAAUUAUAAUGCCUGAUAGGCUAUUAGUUAUUCAGGGAUGUUGUAUCGUCCAAAUACCUACUUAGUUAUUGCCAUCUGGUGACUAAGCUACAAUAAGUCACGGCAAAAAAAAGCAUUUAAGAUCAUUUGUUGUGGUUUUUGAGUAUAUUAGAGUAACCGGAAGUCACUAUCAUUACCGUGAACGCAAAAUCAUCCCGAAAUCUGUGGUCAUUUUGCUAAUAUCCAGUUAGAACGUAGGUAUGUCGUACUUACACAAGUUCUAACUGGAUAUUCACAAAAAAACCAAAGAUUCGAGGAUAUUUUUGCGUUAACGGUAAUGCUAUUGACUUCCGAUGUUCGAAGAACUAUCCACCGGGUGAGAGCACUCAGCGCUCCCCGAUUGCCCGGCCAAGUAAUUAAUGCCAUCUGAGACGUAAAAAAAAAGAACUAUCCAAGUACUUCUUGUGAAAACGGCUUACUUUUCUGUUUGUGGUAUGUUUUAACGGCGAACUGAAAAAAAGGCAUUAAGAAUUGUGAUUUUUAUUGACAUUAUAAUAAAGUAUAUAUUGUAAAUAAUUAAUUUUGGAGGGUGUAUAAUGACGACUCGUGCUAUGUUAAAGGACAAUGAGCCAUAUAUUUAAGAUGUUACAGUACAAAACGCUUAUUUUAGUGUUUUAAUUUAAUAAUUUUAUUAUUUCAAAACAUAAU